GUUAACUUUUUCAAGGAAUUCUGCGCGUUUUCUCAGACGUUACAACCUCAGAACAGAGAUGCGUUUUUCAAAACAUUGGCAAAGUUGGGAAUUCUUCCAGCCCUUGAAAUUGUAAUGGGAAUGGAUGAUCUGCAAGUUAGAUCUGCUGCUACAGAUAUAUUUUCUUAUCUAGUAGAAUUUAGUCCAUCCAUGGUCCGAGAAUUUGUAAUGCAAGAGGCCCAGCAGAGUGAUGAUGAUAUCCUCCUCAUCAAUGUGGUCAUUGAGCAGAUGAUCUGCGAUACUGAUCCUGAACUUGGGGGAGCUGUUCAGUUAAUGGGGCUCUUGCGUACUCUGAUAGAUCCAGAGAAUAUGUUGGCCACAGCUAAUGUAAGAAAAUACAAAGGGAAAACGGAAAAAAGUGAAUUUCUCAAUUUCUUCUACAACCAUUGUAUGCAUGUUCUUACUGCACCGCUUCUGGCUAAUACAUCAGAAGAUAAAUGUGAAAAAGAUGCAGUAGUUGGGUCCACUAAAAGUAAUACAAUUUGUCCUGAUAAUUAUCAAACGGCACAACUACUUGCCUUAAUUUUGGAGCUGCUUACUUUUUGUGUGGAACACCACACGUAUCACAUCAAGAAUUACAUUAUGAACAAAGACUUGCUAAGAAGAGUACUGGUCUUGAUGAAUUCUAAACAUACAUUUCUGGCCUUGUGUGCUCUUCGCUUUAUGAGGAGGAUAAUUGGCCUAAAAGAUGAAUUUUAUAACCGUUAUAUCACCAAGGGAAACCUGUUUGAACCAGUUAUAAAUGCUCUGUUGGAUAAUGGAACUAGGUACAACCUGCUCAACUCUGCUGUGAUUGAGCUGUUUGAAUUCAUCAGAGUGGAAGAUAUUAAGUCCCUUAUUGCACAUAUAGUUGAAAACUUUUAUAAUGCACUUGAAUCUAUUGAAUAUGUUCAGACAUUCAAGGGAUUGAAGACAAAAUAUGAGCAAGAAAAAGACCGACAAAACCAGAAACUGAACAGUGUUCCAUCUAUAUUGCGUAGCAAUAGAUUUCGCAGAGAUGCAAGAGCCUUAGAGGAGGAUGAAGAAAUGUGGUUCAAUGAAGAUGAAGAGGAAGAAGGUGAAGCUGUUGUGCCUCCAGUUGAGAAGUCAAAACAGGAGGAUGAUUUUCCAGAUAGCUAUGAAAAAUUUAUGGAAACUAAAAAAGCUAAGGAGAGUGAAGACAAAGAAAAUCUUCCAAAAAGGACUUCAGCUGGGGGAUUCAAAUUCACUUUUUCCCACUCAGCCAGCGCAGCCAAUGGUGCAAACGGUGCAAACAGUAAAUCCGUGGCAGCUCAGACGUCACCAGCAAGCUCCAACGGCUCCUCAUCAAAGAACGCAACCCUGACCACGGCAGUGACAGCCACCAAGGGAAGUUUAGUUGGCCUAGUGGAUUAUCCUGAUGAUGAAGAUGAUGAUGAAGAGGAGGAGACAUCUCCAAGGAAAAGACCUCGUCUGGGUUCAUAAAUGAAACCAAAACUUUGGAAUAAAAACUUUUAUUAUGGGGUUUCAAAUGCUGCAACUGUUUUAAGAGCUAAAAAGAAUCUGAUUCAGAAAGCUUUCUCCCAUGAGUAUAUAAGAUAAUACAAGGAGUAGCAAAAGAAACUCAGUGUACCAGCUAGAAAGGGUUAGUUCUGUAAACACAAAGCUUCCAAGGAACUUAAUAUCUUUCUAGUAAGUAAGGAGUCUGCCAUUCAGGCUGUCAAAAAAAUUAAAAAUAAAAAAAAAAG